AUGGCUGGUGUUGCAAAACUAUUCGACGGACAUAUUCUAAACAAAGAAAAAGAAGAAAUUGAUCUCAAUAAUGAGAAAUAUAAAGGCAAAGUUUUGGGAUUUUAUUUCAGCGCUCAUUGGUGUCCACCAUGUCGUCUAUUCACACCGAAAUUGAUCGACUUUUAUAAAAAAUAUGCUGAAGAGAAAAAAUUCGAAAUUAUAUUUUUAAGUUCGGACAACGAUCAGGAAUCGUUUGAUGAAUAUUACAAAGAAAUGCCAUGGUUAACAUUGGAUUUCAAUGAACAAGACAAAAAAGAUGAAAUUGAAAAUAAAUUCGAGAUUAGCGGUAUUCCGAAAUUGAUUUUAGUCGAUGGAGAUACCGGAGAUGUGAUUUGCACGGAUGCACGAGAACAAAUUCAAAGUCGUGAUAAAGAAGGAAAAAACUUUCCAUGGAAAGAAAAAGCCAAAGACAAAGAUGAAGACGAAAAUAAAGAUAAAGAUAAAGACAAAGAAGAUGAGGAUAAAAAAUGUUCUGUAACCUAA